ACAACACUUGUUGCCGUAACCGAGUGAAACAGUCGAGGUUGGUGGUAUGACCAGGUUAGUCUCGCAGGAUCGUGACAAUGUCUGAUUGGGCGUGGCUCAUACGAGGGAUUUCGGCUGGUUCGGCUAAGACUUAGGGGUUCGAGCCUUGCGCGUCCUGGCAUUACCCGACGUUCGGAAUCUUACGAUCAAUGGUCUUAACGUCACUCCACACUUGCAGCAAUCCAUCAAAAGGGUCGGUCGGUGCCCACCGAUCGUCAUGCACAACUCCAUAAUGGACGCAUCGUAUGAUGUUGCAACAUGCCUAUCUACCCGGUGACCUUGAAUGAACUUUCUUGUCGGUGCUGGAAGAUGCUGUCACGAGGGGAGCGCGACUUGUUGACCGUGACCGAAAGUGGUGGUAAACAAAUAGAUCUACUUCCGCUUCCCUUCUAUCCAUGAGAUCCUGCCAAAGUAAAACACAACGAACAAUCAAACCGCAAGAAACAUCUACAACAAACUCUUCUGCCACACAUAUGAAUAUGGCAUACUUUUACGGAUACCCAGAACUCGACCCCUAUCCAACCACACAAGUGGCGCAUACAUACCCAGAAAAGGGCCACCACCUGCACCACAUCCCGAUCCCAUACCUGGUCAACAAGGCAACGAAAGUCUUUCACGACCAUGAUGCCGAAGUCCAUAUGCCGAAGGCAGAUAUCAGAGAAACGCCGAAGAACUUCUAUCUCGAGAUUGAACUGCCCGGCGUCAAGGACAAGAACGAGCUGCAUCUGCGCUGGACGUCGACUCGGACUUUGCUCGUCACCAGUAAGACUCAAAGACCUGGCAUUCCGGAGUCGGAUCUGUUGGAGGGACCAGCUGAGACUGUAGAGGCAACGGAGUCACCGACUGCUCAAACGACUACUCCAGCCCCAGCCCCAGCUCCAGCUCCAACCCAGACGACUCCAGGGCCAGAAGCACAAACACCCCCUGUACAGACCAACGGCACAGCAGCGCCAGCUCCAGCGAAGGCCCAUCUCACAGUCCAUGAACGCCCAAUAGGCGAUCUGAUGCGCGCCUUCAAUUUCCCUGUCGAUGUGGACCGCGACAAUACUCACGCCAAACUCGAUGCUGGGCUGUUGAAGGUUAUCGUGCCAAAAAUGGUGCAUGGGAAGCCGGAGGACAGUCAUGUGCAGGUUCCUGUACAUGAUGAAGCUGAUGAGCCGGCUAUCAACCCUGUGAGCAAGGGAGCCUGGCUCUGAGUGAGCUGGGGCUGAUGUGGCGGAGCGGGCAUGGGAUGGGAUGGGAUGGACUUUGGUGUUGAAUGAACGAGGACAAAGUGUAUGGAGUUACGGUACUUGAUGCUGUUGCAAAUAAGUCCUGGAGUCCAGAGAUACCCAAUGAUAUGAGGAAAGGAUCAGUGCAAGCAUGUGUGAUGGCUGAUACGGCUACCUUGCGCGUGCUGAUGUCAGAGAACUGUGUAGGAGGAGAAAUAUACGAUGCGAACACUGUACGAUUGUUUACUACAUGAACACGAAUCAUCCAAGUCUGCAUUGGCUACAAUCUAGAGGACCGC